GGUCAGGACUACCUGCAGCAGCUACGGUCAUGUGCGGAGGGAGCAGCAGCAAUGCAGCUCCUGCCAGUAACAACGCGUCAGCCAGCCACGUGUGUGAUGGGGAAUACCGGCACGUACUAGCGGUGACUAAUGUGUUACUCCGCUACUCUACUGCCUGCCUGACCCCAGUGUUAUUAUUCCUCCGAGUAACCGACCCCAGCUUCCAGAGAUAGAUAUAAAUGUAGAUAUAUACAUGUACCCUGCCAUGUGUAGCCCGUACCCCCGGCUUUAUCAAUGUCAUCUGCGGAGUACCGCCAAUUCUGGUCAGGAUUCAUUGAUCUGUACCGUCAGAACGAGUGCCUGUGGCGUGUCAGGAGCCCGGACUAUGCCAACAGAAUCAAGCGGAAUCGGGCAUAUCAGCAGCUUAUUGAGUACAGUAGAGGCAAAAACUCUGAUGUUGAUGUCGAUUGGGUGAAGAAAAAAAUUUCAAAUUUCCAAACAGUGUUCGUGAAGGAACGCAAGAAGGUGCAAGAUUCACAGCGAUCCGGAGCCGGGACUGAUGAGGUCUAUAAACCGACGCUGUGGUACUAUGACCAAAUUCAGUUCAUUAUAGAGCAAGAGGCGCGUGUAAGGUCACGUGACGCUCUAGAUCCAGAGUCUCCAGUUCUUGUCGAAGAGGAGACCCAGGAGAGUCUGGAUCUGGAUGCUACCCCGGAGCUGGAGGUGGAGCCUACCACAGGCCAAGGGGCAGGAAGACCGAGGCGCACGGCAAGGAGGACCACUUCUGCACCCUAUAGCACCCCCUCUGGCUCCCAGCAGUUUUUUCAACGCGCUGAGGAGGUUUUGCAUAGGCCCCCGGAUGCCGAACAACAAUUUGGCAAUUUUAUUGCAUCGGAAAUGCGCCUGAUGACGGAUGAUCAAAAAUUCAUCGUCCAACGGUUAGUCAAUGAGAUUGUCUCACGUGGCAGGCGCCAAACACUGGUGUCGGCGUGUGAGAUAGUGCCAACUGACCCUUGGUAUCACCCAAAUUUGUCCCGUCCCCCCUUCCCAAACAACCCCCCCAUGGAGCAUGCGCCAGUAAACCCCCCUCAGCAACCGUAUUUUUUUCCGGCGGGAGCCACACAGCCCAGCCCCUCCCCCCAAUCUAGCACCUCAUCCAGUGGCAUGUACUCUGACAUGCAGAGUACACAGUCCUCUGUGCUGGGCGACCCACGCUGUUUUCAUUUAUAAUUAGUUUUUUGGACCCGGUUUUUUAGUUUUGUUAGAAAAAUCUGCUGGUGACCUUAUCCUACGCUCUUGCUCAAAGUGAACUGUAUUGAGGUCAUUAGUACUUCAGCGUCGGUUUUGUGUCCUCACUGUCCCGGACUACGGAUCGUUGUAAAGACUGCACUUCUUGUGUUCCUUCAAGACUGUUUGGAAAUUUGAUGAUGUUCUUCACCCAAGGCAAAAUUGCACUGUUUACCUCUACUGUACUCGGAUAUGCCCGUUUCCUGUUCUGUUGGCAUAGUCCCUGUCCAAAGGCACUCGUUCUCAUGGUACAGCUUAUGAAUCCUGGCCAGAGUUGGCGUUGGCAUUUAAUAUUUUUAUAAAUUUUACGAAAAAACAAA